CGCUCGAUACCCACCGAGCUCCAAUUGCCCGCACCAACCCACCAACAACCCCCGGCAUCUCGCCAGAUUCUACUCCAUCAUAACACCACACUGCUGAGCGCCGCCAUGGCUGACGUCGCGACUCCUUCAGCUGCUAAAGUGGCCACCACCGAUGUUCCUAAAGGCAAGCAGCAGGUUGUCAAGCCAGAGAAGCCAGACGAGGAGACUUACAAGGAGGAGCUCGCCAAGGCUGAGAAAGAGCAUGCCGCUGCUCAGCAGAAGUUUAAUGCAGUCAAAGCUAAAUUCGACCUCGCCCGUCCCAACAACAAGGACUCACCCAAUGCGAAACGGCAACAAGAACUGAAGAGCGAGCUUGGUGCGAUCCGACAGACACAACAGGGCAACAAGUCGUCUCGAAAUGCUGUCCAUGAAAAGAUCAAAAAGCUCGACGAGCAGCUCAAAUCCCGUAUGAACGAGCUCAAGACCGCCCGCGGCCGUGUCAACUUUAAGUCCGUCGAGGACGUUGACCGAGAAAUUUCCCGGCUACAGAAGCAGGUCGACACAGGCACUAUGAAGCUGGUAGACGAGAAGAAGGCCCUUUCAGAGAUCUCCUCACUCAACAAGGCCCGCAAGAACUUCUCUGGAUUCGAUGCUCAACAGAAAGCUAUUGACGACUUGAAGAACCAAAUAUCAGAACAGAAGAAGCAGCUCGACGAUCCAGAACAAAAGGCACUCAACGAGAAGUACACCGCUCUACAAAAGGAAUUGGACGGCCUUAAAGGCGAGCAAGACGAAGCUUUCAAGAACAUGAAGGCUCUUAGAGACCAAACAGACAAAGCUCGUGCUGAGCAGCAGGAGAAGUUUUCAGCGAUGAAGCAGCUGAAGGACGCAUAUUACCAGCAAAAACGUGCUUUCGCAGACUACGAAUAUCAGGCCAAACAGGCGCGACGAGAGAAACACCGCCAAGAGCGCUUGGAGUGGGAGGCGAGCAAACGGAGAGAGACUGCCAACAAGCGCCUCGAGGAAGCUAGCGCCCCUGCUUACCACGACGAGAUUCUAACCGCCGAGGGUCUGAUCCGGUUCUUUGACCCAUCUGCACUGCCUGCAAAGGAGAUGACAGGCCCUAGCAAGUUUGCUGCAUCUGCACAACGAACGGUCGAUAACUCUGGACUAAAGGGAAUGAAGGUUAUGAAGAAAGACGACGAGGAGGACUACUUCGUCGGUGGAGGCGGAAAGAAAGGUAAAAAGGGGAAGAAGGGCGGCGCUGCUCCAUCGGCUCCCGCUGAAGGCAAAUUCAACCUCAGCAUUGGCGUCAUUGAAGAGCUCGCUAAAGUAAGCGUUGAUGCUCCUUCUAGCCAAGCAGAUGUUCCCUCCGUCGUUGAGAAGCUUCAAGCGAAGCUGAAACACUGGAGGGAAGACCAGGACCGAAAGACGAAAGAGAACAUUGCCAAAGCACAGAAAGAGAUCGACCGUCUUGAGACCGAGGGCUCGGAAGCAGAUCACGGAAGUAAGGACACACACCGAAAGCCUGCCGAGAAGAACCAAGGCAUUAAUGGUGACUCAGUCUCAGCUGCCGCUGAGCUUCAACAAGAGAAAGAUGCAGAGGCCGAUGCUGCCGAAGAGAUGAAGAAGGCUAGUCUUGAGGACAAGGCAGACGAGGCAGUUGAAGUCUGAUCUACAGGCACGAUAUAUACGACGCAUCGGAGAAGGUACCUCAAAAGUUGUUUUAUCAUCUAGGAUAUUCUACGAACCAGGGCGGGGGCAACUGGUCUCAUCUUCAGAACAGCGAUAUUGAUUUUCCCGUUCAGACAUAUGGGCCGGAGCCGGCAAUUUUUUUUCGUUCGCAAACGUUCACCUUUGAGUCCCGCAGGCUGUACUACUCAACUCGACCGUUACUGUGUAGAGCAGCUGGAUAUCUAUCAAAAAUGCCAUUGCAAUUCC